UUGGAGGUUAGGCGCGCCACAAGGCAAACAAAACGACACAUGCACGGAGUCAUGAGAUGAGUAUUCACAACAAUAACUCAUAUCUGUAACUACAAUAGCGUGGUUACCUCUUGCAUUAUCGGUGACAUUUCAGAAACUUCUGCCAGACAGCGAAGAUAUGCCCGGGCAAGUGUGUAGGUUCAGUAUGCUUAUCCAGUAAUUCGUUUGAGUCAUCCUUUGAAAGCGCAGCUGCUUGAAAGGGAAAGUAAGUGUAAUAGAAACUAUGGUAAGUCUUAAACCUAAGGGUGGGACUGAUCCUGAGUCUGACAUUGAUGAAGAUAUUGAGCGACUGAAGAGCAAAUGGACGUCUAAAGAGGAUGAAAAUCUUGCUUCCCUCGUCGGGAGGUUUGGAAAGGAUGAGUGGGAGCUGAUUGCAGGCUUUCUACCUGGACGCUCUGCACAGGAUUGUAAAUACAGAUUCACGGUUGUCUUAGACCCAGAGCUCGUUAAGGGAACCUGGACCAAAGAAGAGGAUGAAAGGCUCAUUCAGCUGGUGUCAACGUAUGGUGACAAGAAGUGGAGCACAAUUGCAAAGCACCUAAAAGGCAGAAGAGGCAAACAGUGCCGCGAGCGGUGGCAUAAUCACCUCGACCCUUCUGUGAUUAAGACCCCCUGGACAACAGAAGAGGACCUCAUGAUCAUAAAAUGCCAUUGUGUGCUAGGAUCACGUUGGGCACAAAUUGCAAAGUUUCUCCCUGGAAGGACUGAUAAUUCCAUAAAGAACCACUGGUAUUCAACAUUAAAGCGUAAAAUGGACAAGGGCACCUACAAGAUGGAGGAUGUUGACUUGAGUGAUCUUGGACUCUACCUGUCACAAAGAGAAACAUCUACUUCCACAAGUCAUGAAAAGUCAAAGAGCAUAGCAGAGCCAUUGCCCAAGAUGAAAGAGGUGAAGAGGACGACUUUAGAGAAAACCCUGAAACCCAGCAGUCCACCUGUCUACCCAUGUUCAGCUUCCCCCUCCAGCUCCAGAAGUGCUUGUGUUGUGCCGCCACAGCAUAAAGCUUUUGUUGAUGAUGUUUUGCAAAUGAUUGCUGAGGACAUGCUACCCCUGAACUUCACUGAAAGUUCUGGGUUUCGUAAGUUCAUGACCUCAGUUGGUCCUCAACACCCACAAGUCUCACACCGCACGAUAGCUUUAGAGCUAUAUAAUGCUGUGGAGAAAACCAUCAAGCCACAGCUGAUCCAGCAGCUCAGGAACUGCAUUUCUUUGAGCGGAGGCCAUAAAGUUAUUCACGUCACGGCUGAUAUCUGGGCUAGUGAACAUUCAGAACCGCUUCUUGCCGUUCAGCUGCACUUUCUUGAUGAAGACUGGAACAUUCACAGGCCGACUGUGGCUUUUCGCCGUUUUCAGUGUAAUCAGUUUAUGGCAAAUAUUGGAGGAGAGCUCGAAUCGGUUCUUCUAAGCUACGGGCUUUUCCCCCACAACAUUGGAUACAGCAUUAUCCAUGAGGCCAAAAACACUAUUGCUACGCAUGAUGUUUUCUGUGACUACAAGAUCAUGUAUUCUGCACAAAAGAACAAUCCAGAUGAAGAUGAAUUAUUGCGUUUUCUUGAUGAUCAGGUCAGCGUAGAUGAUUUCUCUAUAGCUGAAAUUUCGUCCAGCAAACAUCUGGAUUGUAUUACGACACUACUGCACAGUGUAAUAAAGGAGGCACUGAAGAAGUCCAGAGUUGUUGACCGUAUAGUUCUUGAGAUACAAAGUGUGGUGUCUUUUUUUCGUCGCAGUGCUUACUGGUUUGAGGUUCUUUCAAGGAAAUGCAAGCUCUCGCUGUCUGGUUCUUACAGCACAAGCAGCUACACGUGGAACUCUACAAUCACCAUCAUCCGUGAAAUAAUGCAGGAGUCCGUAUGGGACUUGGUGAUGACCAUUCUCAAUCAAGCUCGCACGGAGGCAAACAGCUGCCCCGUUUGUCCGCCGGUGGUUCACGUUGCACGUGAGCAGGUCGUGGACUUUGUUGGCUUAGUGGAGCCUUUUGAAGAGGUGGUCCAGGUACUUCAGGAAGACGGUUUCGCCUUGUCCCUCGUCAUUCCGUCUAUCAUUGGACUUGAUAAAACUCUUGAGACCAAGACCACAAGUUUCAGCCUUUUCUGCUCAGCCCUCCGGUCUGGUCUCCGCUCUUACUUCCAACCUCUUAUUUUGAAAAGAGAUUUGAUACUGGCCACAGUUCUGGACCCACGAAUCAAGCUGGAACCUUUUGACAAUGGAAAAGAGAAGUUCAAGAGCACCACACUGUUUACACCUUCCAAACAGCGUGUUGCCUCAGUUGCAGAGACGGCAUUCAUUGAAAAAGAAAUGAUCGGUGAUAAACCAAAUGCUGAUAUGCAGCCUACUGAGAAGCUAACAAAGGUGUCUGAGCUGCGUCAGUAUUUAUCAGAGCCCUUGUCUGAGGGAGACGUUUCUGUCCAGAGCUUUUGGAAAGAGGCUACCUGCUUCCCUCACCUGCGGAGCGUUUGUCGCAAACUGUUGGCUGUCCCAGCAUCUUCAGGGGGAUUUAAAAGGCUGUUUCCUUUAGCGUCCAGUAUUGUACAGGCCCGGAGAAACAGACUGCCAGAACACACGACAGAACGACUUCUGUUGUACCGAGAGUAUCGGAAAAAGGAUGGCAAAAAUGCAAUGGAAUAAAUACUGAGCCUUUUGAUUUCUUAAAUCAGGUGGAAAACAUAUGCUACUAUAAAUUGUAUGAUUUUUUUUUUUUUAUUCAAUGUUUUUUUUUUUUUUUAUGAGUGACUUUAUUAGAAUGUCACUGAUAAUAAACUUUAAAACAUCAGUAAUCUUGAAACUUGUCCUGAUAUCUUCAGCUGAUUGUGAAAUUGUUGGUUUCUCAAAUUGUAGUUUUCACAUCAUUCUGAAUAAGAGAUAAUCUGCUUGUAUGACCUGCCAA